CAAAUCCGUCCGCCGGACCCGUCGCUGGUGCUCAGGCCGCCGCCGCCGCCGCCCUCUUCCUCCCGCAUCCGCUCCCCCCGAGUCUCCCCGCCGCCCUUGCGCCCCAUCUCGCGCCUGCAUCCAUCCUUCGGCGCCCUCGCGGGCCUUGCUGUCCCGCUCCGACCUCCAGCCCCCCCGUGCAUCUCGAGGCCGGCACCGGCGAUGGUGACCGGAGUCGAAGGGGAGAAGGCCCCGGCCCUGAAGCUGGAGACGCUGCUGGCGCUCGGCCUCGACCAGCGCACGGCGGAGAACGCCCUCGUCAACAGCAAGGUCACCGCCAACCUAGCGGCCGUCAUAGCAGAGGCUGGUAUAAGUGGAUGUGACAAGUCAGUUGGAAAUCUUCUCUACGCAGUUGCCACUAAAUACCCAAACAAUGCACUUGUCCAUCGUCCUGCUCUCAUCAACUAUAUUGUGUCAACCAAGAUAAAGAGCCCUGCACAGCUAGAUGCUGCCCUGUCAUUUCUUGCUAAUGUUGGUCCUGAGUCUUUGGAUAUUGGGAAAUUUGAAGAAGCCUGUGGUGUAGGUGUGGUUGUUUCGAUUGAAGAGAUUCACUCAACUGUCGCUGAGGUUCUAAAGGGAAAUAUGGAAGCUAUAUUGGAGCAGCGGUAUCACAUAAAUGUUGGUAGCCUAUGUGGGCAGGUUAGGAAGAAGCACCCCUGGGGAGAUGCUAAGGCAACAAAGGAGGAGAUUGAGAAGAGGCUUGCAGAGAUACUAGGUCCAAAGACGGAAGCUGACAAUGUAAAACCAGUGAAAAAGAAGAAGGAAAAGCCAGCUAAAGUUGAGGAGAAAAAAGUUGCAGUAGCCACUGCUGCCCCACCAUCCGAGGAGGAACAGAAUCCAUACACUAUAUUUCCUCAGCCAGCAGAAAACAAUAAGGUUCAUACGGAAAUAUUCUUCAGCGAUGGGAACAUUUGGAGGGCGCAUAACACAAAGGAGAUUUUAGAGAAACAUCUUAUGGAAACUGGUGGAAAAGUGAUGACCCGUUUCCCACCAGAACCUAAUGGAUAUCUUCAUAUUGGUCAUGCCAAGGCUAUGUUUAUUGAUUUUGGACUGGCUAAAGAGCGCAAUGGUCAUUGUUACCUUAGGUUUGAUGAUACAAAUCCAGAAGCUGAAAAGAAGGAAUACAUUGACCACAUCCAGGAGAUAGUCCAGUGGAUGGGAUGGGAGCCCUACAAAGUUACAUAUACAAGUGAUUAUUUUCAAGCUUUAUACGAGCAUGCAGUUGAGUUAAUACGGAAAGGACUAGCCUAUGUGGAUCACCAGACUGGAGAACAAAUCAAGGAAUACAGGGAAAAGAAAAUGGAUAGUCCAUGGAGGGAUAGGCCCAUUGAGGAGUCACUGCGAUUAUUUGAAGACAUGCGAUGUGGGUUGAUUGCUGAGGGCGCAGCAACUCUCCGAAUGAAGCAGGACAUGCAGAAUGAUAACAAAAACAUGUCUGACUUAAUUGCAUAUAGAAUAAAAUUCACUCCUCAUCCACAUGCUGGUGACAAAUGGUGUAUCUAUCCAAGCUAUGAUUAUGCCCAUUGCAUGGUGGACUCAUUUGAAAACAUUACACACUCAUUGUGCACGCUUGAGUUUGACAUACGCCGCCCGUCAUACUAUUGGCUACUUGUUGCCUUGGGCUUGUACCAGCCUCAUGUCUGGGAGUAUUCAAGGCUGAACAUAUCAAAUACAGUGAUGUCUAAAAGAAAGUUGAACAGGCUUGUGACAGAGAAGUGGGUAGAUGGGUGGGAUGAUCCUCGUCUGUUAACACUAGCAGGACUGCGGCGACGUGGUGUGUCAGCAACUGCAAUUAAUUCAUUCAUCCGUGGAAUUGGGAUAACAAGAAGUGACAAUAGCUUGAUUCGUGUUGACCGUCUUGAAUAUCAUAUCAGAGAAGAACUUAAUAAAACAGCUUCUCGAACCAUGGUUGUUAUGCAUCCUCUAAAGGUUGUAAUAACUAACUUGGAAGAAGGAAAAGUCAUAGACCUUGAUGGAAAAAAGUGGCCCGAUGCUCCUGCUGAUGAUGCUUCAUCCUACUACAAGGUGCCUUUUUCAAGAGUUGUCUACAUUGAAAAAACUGAUUUUCGCCUUAAGGACUCGAAAGAUUACUAUGGGCUAGCUCCUGGUAAAUCUGCCCUGCUAAGGUAUGCAUUCCCGAUAAAAUGCACAGAGGUUAUUUAUGGUGAUAAUCCAGAUGAAAUUGUUGAAAUCCGAGCUGAGUAUGACCCCUCAAAGACUUCUAAACCUAAGGGCGUUCUGCACUGGGUUGCUGAGUCAGCACCUGGAGUUGAGCCACUGAAGGUUGAAAUACGAUUAUUUGAGAAACUAUUCCUAUCAGAGAAUCCUGCUGAAUUGGAAGAUUGGCUUGGUGACCUCAACCCUAACUCGAAAGAGAUUGUAAAGGGCGCCUAUGCUGCACCGUCACUUGCGACCGCAGUUUUGGGUGACAAGUUCCAGUUCGAGCGGCUUGGCUACUUUGCCGUGGACAUGGAUUCGACGCCCGAGAAGCUUGUGUUCAACAGGACAGUUACUCUGCGUGACUCUUAUGGAAAGGCUGGACCCAAGUGACUUUCCAUUUAGUGAAAAAGCUUUAAUUUUGAUUGAUUACAGAGAGGCUUAUGGGAGGAAACUGCCGUACGAACAUACCCAUAGCCAAAUGGCUUUUUUGUUGCAUAUACUUUGCUUGUGAUGACUAUUAUCAGCUUUAUGUUGCUGGUUAAAAAGGCGUUAAUGGGAGAAAACAUCGUAAGGAAAUACAACAUACAAAUAGCGAAUUGUCCUUUUUUUU